AUGGCUGGGCUGGGUCCGGGAGGUGGGGAGGCGGAGGGCGGCCCCCGGCCCCUGUUUUGCAGGAAGGGGGCUCUGCGCCAGAAGGUCGUGCACGAGGUGAAGAGCCACAAGUUCACGGCCCGCUUUUUCAAGCAGCCCACCUUUUGUAGCCACUGCACGGACUUCAUCUGGGGGAUCGGCAAACAGGGGCUUCAGUGUCAAGUCUGCAGCUUCGUGGUCCACCGACGAUGCCACGAAUUCGUGACCUUCGAGUGUCCGGGCGCUGGGAAGGGGCCCCAGACGGACGACCCCCGCAACAAGCACAAGUUCCGUUUGCACAGCUACAGCAGCCCGACCUUCUGCGACCACUGUGGUUCCCUGCUGUACGGGCUGGUCCAUCAGGGCAUGAAGUGUGCCUGCUGCGAGAUGAACGUGCACCGGCGCUGUGUACGAAGUGUGCCCUCUCUGUGCGGAGUGGACCACACAGAGCGGCGAGGGCGCCUGCAGUUACGCAUUCGGGCCCCGGCUGGGGAUGAGAUUCAUGUCACAGUGGGCGAGGCUCGGAACCUCAUCCCCAUGGACCCCAAUGGCCUGUCUGAUCCCUACGUGAAACUAAAGCUGAUUCCGGACCCAAAGAACGUGAGCAAGCAGAAGACCCGGACCGUGAAGGCCACGCUAAACCCGGUGUGGGACGAGACCUUUGUGUUCUCCCUGAAGCCUGGGGACGUGGAGAGACGCCUGAGCAUUGAGGUCUGGGACUGGGACCGAACGUCCCGAAAUGACUUCAUGGGAGCCAUGUCCUUCGGUGUCUCUGAGCUGCUCAAGGCCUCCGUGGAUGGCUGGUACAAGUUACUGAACCAAGAGGAGGGCGAAUAUUACAAUGUCCCAGUGGCCGACGCUGACAACUGCGGGCUUCUGCACAAGUUUGAGGCCUGUAACUACCCUCUGGAGCUGUAUGAGGUGAGAACAGGGCCAGACCAGGCUGAGGUGGGUGGGGGGCUGGAGGACUGGAUGUAUGUGACCCCAAGAACCUGGGGGCUUCUUCCUUCUCCCCAGAUCUGCCUCUGUUGCUUCCUUUGAGUCUCUGUCUCUACCUCUGCUGCCUUGUUCUUUCUCCUACAAGUCUGCUUUAUG